AUGGGAACAACAAAUGUCAAACAAAAGAUGAAAGAGAUAAGGAAUGUUAGAAAAGCUGCCAAGAUGAGAAAAGGCCAAGCAUUGCCCCAAAGGGGAGCAGAAUGUGAUCAAACAGUGUUUCGCAUCCAUAAAGGAGUCAAGGCAUUUUCAUUCUGUAAGAGAAAGAAUUUGCUGCUGACAGGUGGAAUGGAUAGAAUAAUUAGAGCCUGGAAUCCUUAUCUGCCUGGAAAACCAACAGGUAUGCUGAGAAGCCACACAGCUCCAGUGAUCUACAUCCACACAGUUUCUGAGAAUAACGAAAUAUUUUCCGCGUCCACUGACAACACCAUUAAGAUCUGGGACCUGGAAACCUAUAGCUGCUUGUUCGCAGCUUCCUCCAAAGCCAGUGGCAUUAAGGGAGAGCUCACAGCCUGCCUCUACCUCCCAGAACUCCAAGCUCUGUGUGUGGCCACCAAUGUUGUGGCUCUCUUGCACCUGUGACUAAGACCUGCCCCAGAGCCCCACCUGGUGCUUUCCCACCAAGAGCCUGUGGUGUGCUGCAGGUCCAACCCAGCCUUCAGGCACGUGGUCAGCUGCUCCGAAGCAUCUAUGGUGAAAAUAUGGGACUUCGAAACAGGAAGACAGUUAUCUGAAUUCACUGGGACUCAUGGCCAUGCUGGGAUCACUUGUUUGACCUUUGACGCCAGUGGAAGAAGGUUAAUUACUGGAGGCAGCGACGGCUGUCUAAAAAUAUGGAGCUACAACAGUGGACAUUGCCUGCACACCCUAAAACAGGAUGAAAGACAGAGUGAACUCUGUGAUUGCACCUACAUGGAAGUGAACCAAAAUAAGUGUAUUAUAGUUGUUGGAUGAGACAGAAGAAUAAAUGUGUAUUUUGAUUCACCACAUGACUUUCAUCACUUCUGGAAGCCAGAGCCACAUUGGCAGGAUGAUUUGAACCAUGGGCACGGGGAGGAGAUCCUCUGUGUGGCACAAUGCCCGCCCUUUCUUCUGGCAACCUCCAGUUAUGAUGGGGAAAUUAUCAUCCGGAAUGUCAUCUCAGGCCACGUGUGCUGCAAACUGAAUACUCCUAGCCUCUCGGAUAGAGAGAGAGAGAGAGAGCGAGCUGUGAGCUGCAUAAUCUCUCCUCUGUUUCCUGGCCCAGACCUAAGGGUUUCCUGCCUUUCCUUCCUGAAGACUCGGGCAGCCAAGCUGAAUGCAACAGCUGCUUCCCUCAUUGCCAAUGGACCUGGAGGUUCUGUCACCUUCUGGAAGCUGUUUGGUGGCACUGGCCUUUUCACAAACUUCAUUCCUUCCAGAGGAAAAGCCCAGGUGAGCAGCAUCGCGGUGACAGCAGGAGAUGCCCUUGUCUACCUGGCUGACCAGCAAGGCUUUGUGCAUGUCUAUGACAUCGAGGAGUAUGGCCUGUGGGGACCAGAGCUGCAGCCUCCCAAGAAUGUGACCUUCUGGAGGGCCCAUGUCAGCAUGGUGACAUCUUUGGAGCUGAUAGAGGAAGAAAAUAUUCUGCUGUGAUCUUCCCUCAAUCGGACAGUGCGCCUGUGGACCAGGGAUGGAGCAGACAUAGGAACCUUUGGGCAGAGUAGCCCCUGGGAUAUUUUUACUCCUUCAUCCUGGAAUCACCCAAGAGUCUCCUAUGAAAUUCUGACAGAUCCCCAGAGCAUGACUACUCACCCUGCUCUGGAAGGAGAUACUCCUACUGGGUACACAGCAGGAAGGGAGGAGCAGGAUGAUGUGAUGGAGGAGAAGCCCUGGGCUGAGCCUGGAAAGACCUCUAACCUUUGCUCUCCAGAAAAUUUCAUCCUUGAAGUUGAGAAGAAAGAAGAAAUAAGCCGAUGGUCUGAAUUUCCCGAUGGCAGGCUGCUGCUAGCACAGAACAAGCCUUGCUGGAAAGCAUCUGACCCUGGAUGGCCCAGCAUCUACCAGACCCUCUGGUGCCAUGAAGUUGACAGCGUGUCCGCCCUUGGGGAGAAGCCAGAUCUGUCCAUUAUUGGCUCUGACUUGCUGAACUUAAAUUUCCUUGUGCAAGAAGGAGAAGAAAGUGGAGUUACUCAGGAUUCCUGA